ACAGAGGCGCGCGCCGCCGCUCAGCCGAUGGGGGCGGCACACGGCUGCGUUGGGCCCGCUGAGAACGCCGCGCGCGCCGGCGGUCUUGCCGAGCUCGCCGCCGCAGCACCACCACCACUAGCAGCCGCUGCGACCACAGGUGUUCCGCUACCGAGGGCAGGCUUCGCUGCAAGGCAUCACGCUGUCGUCGAGGGCAACGCCGACGCGUAGGCGAGAAGAGGCGGCGAGAGGCGCUUUCCUGCGGAAACCGGAAGAGUUGUGAACGCUCAUUAGUCUCUGUUUUUCUCAAUAUAUCUUGCCCCACUUUCUCUCUGUCAUGACGUGCGCGUGAUCGAGACAUGCUUCGGACUUGGCACAGCGCGAUCGGCCCGAACCGCGGUGAUGACGGUGUCUGAGCCACCUCCUUCGAGGGACCUUGCUGUCAACAUGCGGCCAAGACCAGGAGUCGGAUACUGGGCCGCACUCCUUGUGUGCGCCACGCUGCUGCUCGUCAGUCCGGUGGCGUCGAGCCUCCACAUCCUGCACCUGUCGGUGCCGAAAUGGGUGCAGAACGGCACCGAGGACUCGGUGGUUCUCGACUGCGUGUACAACGCGAACCGCGAGGACGAGCACCUGGUGAUCAAGUGGUUCCUCAACGACGACCCGCAGCCCAUCUACCAGUGGAUCCCCGAGCUGAACAAGCGGUUCGUGUCGAGUCGGCUCAAGGACCGCAUCAACCUGGACUACUCGCUCACCAACGGCAACAGCUUCACCAAGUUCCGCGCGAUCAACCUGGUGCGGCCCACCACCGAGCUGAGUGGCCGGUACUCCUGCCACGUCAUGUCGCUCACGGGAGAAGACUCCGAGUCCAAGCUCAUGACCGUCUACGCUCCUCCCAAGAGGUUCGACUUCACCUUCGAGCGGGUGUCGGCGCACGUGACGAACCUGUCGUGCGAAGCGGACGGCGUGUUCCCGCAGCCGACGUUGUUCCUGUACCAGAGCAGCGGCCGGGACCCCGUGUCGCGACCCGUGGCCUCGGCGCCAGCGAGACUGGCUCCCCCAACUCCCGCUGAAGGCGCUGCCGGCUACCACGUGCGCCUGACGUAUGCGCUGGACAGCCGCACGCUGGACGCGUCUGGUCACGUGGAGUACGUGUUCGAGUGUGUGCUUGCCAUCCCGGAGACCAACUUUAGGCAGCAGCGGCGGCUAGAGUUUGAACCCGGACGAUUGGUUGGAGCGGCGAGCCGACUCCACACCGUGGACAUUUUGCUGAGGGUGCUGACAGGCGCACUCGCCCUGAUGGAUCUCGCAUAGCAACGGGCACGCGAGCAAGGGGGCUACGCCGUCUGAAUCAAAACCAAAGAACCAAGUAGGAGAACCGCGUGCAUUUCACAGAGUCGGCUGUAGAAAGACGUCCUCGCCAGUGACGCCGUCGCUAAAAAGAGAGCGGUGCCCGAAACGUCGGUCACCGCUCCCACUAUGUCACCCGUCACGGACAUCCAGGUCCACAAGCAUCAGUGCCUCCUGUUCUUCAGCGUGCAGAGCGCGAGCGUGUGUGUCGACGAUGCGUGAACCUCUGCGUGUGCACACGCGCGUGUGUGUGUAUGUGUGCGUGUGCGUGCUUGGGACUCGCUCGCUCCCCGUGACUAUGGACAGCAGCGCACACUCGAAACCUCAGAGCCCGCUUCACCGUUCGCUGCCCCGAUUCCCCUUACCCGCACCGCCGUUAUUCUUUCCCGAAUCGUGUCGCACUUUCUCGAGACUCCGCAUGGCACUUCCUCACGUUCCAGCACGUUGGCUGCGUCCCCGCUAACGACCGCACUUGCACAAUGUUUGUUCGAAAGCAACGCGUUCGAUUCAGUGAAUACGACGUGUAGUCUUUUAUCGCCGCUACUUUCGUGUUGCGGGAUAAACGUAAUGCUGUAGGGCGUAAUAUUUUCCUCCAGAGUCCGUUAUGGCAGCGCGAACGAAAGAUUCCACCUUGCCCUGGAAAUGAACGUAUGCCGAGGGUAAGAAAAAAAAAGAAAGCCGCGGGAUAGAUGCUGCUUAAGAGUGCGGUAACUGACAGGUAACGUAGUAAAAGGAAAAUUUCUGCAGGAAUGUUAUAUCACACAGUUCAAAUCAACGCUUGUGCGCCCCACAGAGCGCCUGUCGCAGAGUACGAAGAAGUGUUGGCCAUGUUUUUACUUAGAAGGUUUGAAAUUUUUUAGGCGCUUAGUGCUGUUUACCGUUUCUUUUGUAGCAAAUUACGGUCUGAGUUUCUGUGAAGGUGUGCUUUUUGUGAAGUAAAAGGAAUAGAAGAACUAACGGCUUGGUUUACUUAGUUGUCGUUCCAGUAAUCUUUUCGUGUGCAAUAAGCUUCAGCUAUAAUUCGCACCUCUGCAUUCUGAAAGACUCCUAUAGCGCACGGUAUAAUCACCAAGCAGGCGCCAUUGCCAAACGAAGUUUCUGAGAACAAAAAAAGAAUGGAAAACGAGCGUAGUCCAGAAAAAUACACGAGCGUUCAUACUACCGUAUCGUCCAUUGUAGCGCGACAAGAGAAUUUUCGCCUGGAAACAAAUGAAUUUUUUUUUAGGAACACAAUAUUGACUUAUCUUCGACUUACGCUUGCCACAGGGAAACGUUUUGUCAUCACCCCAUGUCCUAAGAAUGCUGUAUUUUGUAUGUUUCCGCAAGUUUAUAUGUAAAAGGUUCCUCCUAUAACAUGUUAUAAAAGUUUGUUCCCACCGA